UUCAAUUUCCAAUCCCCUUCUCAUUUUUCCCCCGAAUAUUUCUAAAUUAAACACCCCUUAUCUUUUCAACAAAUGGCUAAGGAAUCCCUUGGAUUUGAGAUCACCGAGCUUCGUCUCGGUCUCGGUCUCCCUGGAAACAGCAACAAAAACGAGAAGAAACGAGCCUUCGAUGAUAUUGUCAAUGGAGAUCACGAGCCAACAAGAGACAACGAUGAUAAUCGUGUUGGAAGAAAGAACAGUAACACGACGAGUAAGGGACAAGUCGUGGGGUGGCCACCCGUUUGUUCAUAUAGAAAAAGAAACAGUUUUGGAGAAAAAGAGUCGUCCUCGUUGUUGCAUGAGAAUGAGAAUUCUAAAAUGUACGUGAAGAUUAGUAUGGAUGGAGCUCCAUUUUUGCGUAAACUUGACUUGGGUUCUCAUAAGGGCUACUCGGAUCUUGCUCUUGCUCUUGAAAAGCUCUUUGCUUGCUUUGGAACUGGGAAGACAUUAAAGCAUGGAGAAAGUUGUGAUUACGUUCCCAUUUAUGAAGACAAAGAUGGGGACUGGAUGCUUGUUGGAGACGUCCCUUGGGAGAUGUUUAUUGAGUCUUGCAAGAGAUUGAGGAUAAUGAAGAGAUCUGAAGCCAAAGGAUUCGGCCUUCAAUUUAAGGAUCUAUAAAUAUCUUUUCUGCAAGACAAAAAAAAAAAAACAUAUUUCGGUUAAUUAGUUUUUAUAUAUAUUUUGUAAUAUUUGAAUUGCUUAAUUGCUAUGACUUUAUUUUGUUUAAAGAAAAUAGACAUAAUUACUGUUAAUGUAGGAGGAUUAUUUCUCUGUUAAUUUUGUUUAGUUGAUAUUGUCAAUGUCACACAUGUGUGAUUCUAUUUUAGGAGGGACAUAUAUAAAAUUAGAUUAUAGUAAUGUAUGAAGUUUGUUUUCUUAUUAUGAAUAUGUUUAGUUUUCUUUUGGGUA